UGUGCUUUCAUAAUUCUGUGAUACUUAUAUAAAAUUAUUUGUAGUGAUGGAAAAACCAAAUAGCGUGACUAUAUCUGCUAAAAUCGCUGAGGAAAAUGUAACCUGUCAUGAGAGUAUCAAAGGUUACGUAGAGCCUAGAUUCGAGUGUCCCAUUUGUCUAACAUGGCUACGCGAUCCAAUUUUAACAUCUUGCGGACAUAAAUUCUGUUCACAGUGCAUUUAUACUUGGCUUGAAAAAGAAGGUGCUUGUUGUCCAGUCGAUAGUCAACCCUUGAAAUAUGGGAAUGAUCUCUUCAGAGAUCUUUAUACUAGUAGAGAGAUAUCUCAGAAACGUACAAUUUGUCCUUAUCAGCAAUUUGGUUGUCAAGUAGAAUUAUCUCCUGUGGAUAUGGAAACGCAUAUUAGUCAAUGCACUUAUAGAAGAAAUCUUCCAGAAUCUCAAGCAAUACAAAAUACUAAUAAUGCAAUGUCUGCGGAAUCAAAAUUAUGGGACCCACCUCCAAAGAAUGGGACACAGAUUACAGACAAAGAAGAACUUUCUCCCGAUUGGCAACAGUUACUCAAAAAUCUGUAUGAAAGGAUAGUAGUUUUGGAACAGGAAAAUCGCGAGCUCUCUAUAACAGUGUCUAAUCAGAAAAAUCAGCUUGCAAUUAUGUGUUUACGAAAUUGUAAUGGAGUUUACAUAUGGAAGUUACAAUCCUUUCAAGAGAAACUUGCAGCUAUGAUCAACGAUCCAUUAAAAAUGUUCUACAGUCCGGGUUUUUACACGAGUUCGAAUGGAUAUAAGAUCUGCGCCAGAAUUAAUAUAUCUUCUAAAGAUUCGAAUUAUCUAUCUUUGCUUUUGCACAUUAUGAAAUCGGAGAACGAUGAUGGUUUAGAUUGGCCGUUUAAUGGUACAAUGCACUUUGUAUUAGUACAUCCGCAAGAUUCGGAGAAAAAUAUACGCGAAAUAACAUCGUCGAGACCAGAUCUCGAAGCAUUUCGAAAACCCACGUGCGAAUUGAAUAAACGUAGCUUCGGUUAUACCGAAUUUGUACGCAUAUGCGACAUAUCCAAUUUUCUGCAAAAUAAUAAUCUAAUUUUUAGAAUAGAAGUUCGCGCGCACAAUUUAACAUACUCCUAAUAUAACACGUAUUUAGAAAUUUCUUUUCUAUCUUGCUAGUUUAAUAUCAUAGUAAAAGCUAAUGCUAAUUGUAAGUAAUUAUUAUAAACUAAAACGAAGAAUAAUCACAUUUUACUUAUAAAUAUAUAAUUUAGAUAUAAAUAAUUUGAAAUUACAUGUAUAUUUUGUAAGUUUUGCAUUAAACUUUCUAAAUAUAUUAUUUGUCAAAUUCGAGAGGAAACCAAGAAAUAAAGAGUAGCAAUUGUUCAUAUAUUAAAUGUUACAAAUAUUUAAUAUUUGCAAGAAAUGAUUAUUUUUUUAUAUGAUUUGUUUUUUAAAUGAUUGUAUUUUUUAUUAAAUUGUCAUCUAUUUUUUUGAAGUUUUUAAAAUUUGAUACAUACCUUACUAAGUGUAUGCUAUGCAGUCAGUUAAAAUUACUUUCCAAAUCAAUUCAUGAAUAAUAAAAUAUUUUUUUUUUUUAAAUAUAUCUUAUCAUAUUUGACCUUAUUCUUAAAUGCAUAUAUAUUAUAAUUCCUCUAUUUAUUCUGCAGCUAUAUUGAAUUAUGAUAUUAGAAGCGUGUAAUCUUUUUCUUAUGAAAAAUGUCAAAAUAAAUUAGU